GUCACUGAGGCACCUGUCAGAGGCCUGGGCUGGAGGACCAGCUUCCCUGCCACUAACUCCAGGCUCCGAGGAAGCCCUAGCAAGGACCAUGUUCCUGUUUCCGUCAUUCCCUGUCCUUCUCCUGUCUGUGGUGACAGCUUCCUGCUCCGAAACAAAAGCCUGUGAGGAUGCCCAGAAGACCUGCUCCGUGAUUACCUGUGGCAUCCCCGUCACCAAUGGCACCCCAGGCAGAGAUGGGCGAGAUGGACCCAAGGGGGAAAAGGGAGAGCCAGGUCAAGGGCUCAGAGGUUUGCAGGGCCCUCCUGGGAAGUCGGGGCCCCCAGGAAACACAGGGGUUCCUGGAAUUCCAGGACCAAGGGGACAAAAAGGAGAUCGUGGGGACAAUUCAGUUGCUGAGGCUAAGCUGGCCAACUUAGAACAGCUACAGAGCCUGAGAUCAGAACUGGACCACAUGAAGAAGCUGCAAGCCUUCUCCUUGGGGAAAAUGUCUGGGAAGAAGCUCUUCGUGACCAACGGUGAGCGGAUGCCUUUCUCCGAAGUGAAGGCUCUGUGUGCUGGGCUCCAGGCCACGGUGGCUGCCCCCAGGAAUGCCGAGGAGAAUAAGGCCAUCCAGGAUGUGGCCAAAGACGCUGCCUUCCUGGGCAUCACAGAUGAGGCAACUGAAGGCCAGUUCAUGUACGUGACGGGCGGGAGGCUGACCUACAGCAACUGGAAGAAGGAUGAGCCAAAUGACCACGGUUCAGGGGAGGACUGUGUGAUUCUCCUGAGCAAUGGGCUCUGGAAUGACAUCUCCUGCACGUUCUCCUUCAUCGCCGUCUGUGAGUUUCCUGCCUGAAGAGGCACGUUCCUCAACCCCCUUCUUGGCUCCCUAUUGCUCUCUCUGCUGCUUUGGAAGAGAAUUCAAUGCUGGUUUUCUUCUG